GUCAUUGCGCGAGAUGAAUACGGAAGUAUGAAGGAGGUUUUCGUGGUUGGAAAAAAGUUCUCAUGAUUGUUGUUUUCAUGCCAGUUUAGAAAAAAGGUCAGUUGCAGUCGAUUGUCGACUCCCAUAAGAUUGAAUUGAAGCCGUUUGAAGUCACUAAAGACUCGCACCUCCUGAAGCAUGAGGGGUGAACCAGGCCCAGUUCAGAUCGUCAGAGUGUGUAAGGAUGAUCAUUCCUUUGAGUUGGACACAGAGGCUUUGUCCCAGAUUCUGUUGGCCCCUGAGAUCAGAGACAAGCACGUGGUGGUGCUGUCAGUAGCCGGAGCCUUCAGGAAGGGAAAGAGCUUCCUGCUGGAUUUCAUGCUCCGUUACAUGUAUAGAAAGGGGGAUGAAAACUGGCUGGGUCAAGAUGACGAACCACUAACUGGAUUUUCUUGGAGAGGUGGUUCAGAACCAGAGACAACAGGCAUCCAGCUGUGGAGUGAAGUCUUCCUCGUUGCGAAGGACGAUGGAACCGAAGUGGCAGUGUUAUUGAUGGACACUCAGGGAGCAUUUGAUAACGAAUCCACUGUGAAGGACUGUGCCACCAUCUUUGCCCUCAGCACCAUGACCAGCUCAAUACAGAUCUACAAUCUGUCACAGAACGUGCAGGAGGACGAUCUGCAGCAGCUACAGCUGUUUACAGAGUACGGUCGUCUUGCAAUGGAUGAAAUCUUCCAGAAACCCUUCCAGUCUUUGAUGUUUCUUAUCAGGGACUGGAGCUUCCCCUAUGAAUACAACUAUGGGUUUAAGGGAGGUAAUGAAUUCCUGGAUAAACGGUUACAGGUGAAGGAGGCCCAACACGAGGAGCUGCAAACAGUGAGGGAACACAUUCAUUCAUGCUUCACCAGCAUUUCCUGCUUCUUGUUGCCUCACCCUGGGUUGAGGGUUGCUACCCACCCCCAAUUUGAGGGACAACUUAGCGACGUGGCACCAGAGUUCAAAGAGCAGCUGAAGAGUCUGAUUCCUAAGCUGCUGCGCCCAGAUCGUCUGGCUGAGAAAGAAAUAAAUGGAAACAAGGUCACCUGCAUGGGCCUGCUCGAGUUCUUCAAGGCUUACAUCAAGAUUUACCAGGGAGAAGACUUACCACAGCCAAAGACAAUGCUCAUGGCUACCGCAGAGGCCAACAACCUGGCAGCUGUGGCAGCAGCCAAAGAUCAGUAUUACAAGUGCAUGGAAAAGGUGUGUGGGGGAGACCUGCCCUAUGUGGCUCCCGAGUCUCUGGAGGAAAAACAUGUCUUCAACUACAGAGAGGCUCUGCAUGCCUUCUCAUCCACCAAGAAGAUGGGUGGACAGGAGUUCUGUGAUCGUUACCAGGCACAGCUGGAGAAGGAGCUGGAGGAAAUGUGGCAGUCUUACCUUAAACACAAUGACUCAAAAAAUCUCUUCAGUGCUUUCCGGACACCAGCAGUGCUGUUUGUCCUGGUGUGCAUCCUCUACAUCCUGUCAGGCAUACUUCUCUUUGUUGGCCUGUCUACCUUUGCCUUGGUGUGUGACUGCACUCUGGGUGUGGUCAUGAUGGCCAUGCUGACAUGGGCCUUCAUCCGCUACUCUGGUCGGUACCGGAAUGUAGGAGGGGCCAUCGACCAGGCUGCAGGUGUUGUCCUGGAGCAGGCCACUGUGGCGUUGAACAAGUCGAGGGGGGUGAGCCCUGCUGACCAGAAGAAAUCCACCUAGAGGACUUCUGAUCACACGUAACCUGGAUCCAAUGCAACCAGCACACAGCACAAGCACACAUUCAGCAGUAAAGCCCUGGCGCAAACAUGCAGCUAAACCACAUUUUGGCACCAGGUACAAACCUGAUGCCACUUCACCAGCAUCUCAGUUAUUAUGCACAUUACUCUGCCUAUUAAAAGUCCAGCCUUGUAUAGGGGAGACUGGAUUCAGUGAGGCAGGGACUUUAACUUGUUCUCACUGUCUUUAAUUGGCACUGCCAUCAUUUUACACUUAUACAAUUAGCCUUAACAGACAAGGUCAAUGUUUACUUUAAAACGAAAGAAAUAAAACACUUAUUGUUCAGACAGGAUAGUCGGGUGCUUUUCAAACAAAGCUUCUGUUGCUGGCGUUAAAGCUUACGCUGUUAUAAUUAUUUUUUGUUGGUUUUGUGUAAUUUUAUUUUAGUUGUUGGCCAUGUUCCAUUCAGUUUAUAGAUUGGCCGUUUAUUUGAUAUAGAGUAGCAUUUAGAGACGGGCCAAAGGUCACUGCUUUGACAUGAAGAGGCAAUGCACUUUGUAAUUAGCGCAGCACAUUUUUGGAAGCUGCAUGUAAUGGGAGUCGGGCGCUUUUCUCUUUACGAUUUACGUAGUUUUUGAUACUGCGUGCUAUGCUAUGUACUGAUAUACAGAGACUUAAAAAAAACGGGACCUUAUAUUCUGCAGAGCUUUCCAAAGAUGGAGCAUAAAGGUGUUGACCACACAAUGCAACCAGUCACACCAAAAAGAUUUAGUUAUUUUUAUGCCUUAGAUCAAAUAAAUUUUGCAACGGCACUUUGUAGCUCAGACUUUAUAGCUCAACACACACAAAAAAAACGUGAGCAGGAUUUCCAAAUUGCAGCUUUUAGAUCAAAUUUGGUAGUUAAUGGUUUGAAGAAAUCUACCACAUACAUUCGACUUAAAAAUGACUCCCUGGCAUUAUGUCUUACUAACCUGUGCUGUUAUCUUGACUGUUACAUUCACCAUAUGAUUGUGAUGCAGUAGAUAAAGUUACUUCAUCUACUGCAUCACAGUGAUCUGGCUUUCAAACAAACAGGAAUAUUAAUAUUGAUUUUUUUUUUUAUGUGCAGAUUCAUGCUCAGGUCACAGCUCUGCCUGACACGACAUGGUUUAUCACAUUAUCAAACCACAUUACUACUUGGGAGAAAUAAUGAGUUAGUGAUGACUUGUUUACAUGCAGCCUUUCUAUCUAAUUCAUCAAACUGAUUCUUCUUCAAAACGCAAUCAUGCAGAGAAUUAAAAAGGGUCAAAUAUGCGGUGGAUUUAUAAGGUUUUUAGUUUUCAUUGUUUUGCUCAAACUGAGCGUCUCAGGCCAACUCAGAUGGAAUCUGGCAUUGGAUUAAAGGACUAUGAUGAUUUGCAAAUGUGCCCUACAUCGCUGAAAAUUAUGAAAUGCAGCUUCUUGCAGUAUGAAAUACUUUAAAAUACAGAAAAGGUAAAAAUCCUGAUUACUUACACAGAAAGCUGAUAGAUCGAUAAUUCCAUGUAACUGUAGGUAAAGGCAGAGGAAUACAAGACCAAAGUGACCAUUAGAAAUAUAUAUAAUAGAUGUUUUGCACAUUCCUGGGCUGUGUCUUUCUACACGGAGGUGAAACCUUUUGACGUGUUUUACAAGCAAAUACUAUUGCACUUACCCUUCUCUUUGGUGCUUUAUUGCACACUACUCAUUCCAAAAGUGAAUAAAUGCGUGCUAUAUUGUAGCAAAGGCUGUUGUGAUCAUUUCUUGCAAACGUAUGGUUGCCUUAGAUUAAGAAAUGCUGUUUUAUGAAGAAUAAAAGCUUUGAAAGUUCA